GAAGGUCUCAACGCGAACGGUGAGGAGGAGACCAAGCUUUACGUCGCUGGCCUGCAUUGGGAGACGAACAGAGAGAAACUACAGGAACUCUUCGGGCAGCACGGCACCGUUACUGAUGUGAAAUUGAUUGUCGAUCACUUCAGCGGCCGCUCACGCGGUUUUGCAUUCGUGUCGUUUGCCACCUCUGAAGACGCCACCGCAGCUCGCGAUGCCAUGAACUCUGCGGAUGUCGAUGGCCGACGGAUCUUUGUCAAGAAGGCGAUGGCAGAGGGCGUUGGUGGCGGCAGAGGGCGCGGCGGCUUCGGUGGCAGAGGCGGCUUCGGUGGCUACGGAGGCUGGAGGGGCGGAUUCCGCGGCGGCAUGGGCGGAUACCCUGGGUUCCGCGGCGGCUUCGGCGGUCCCUACGGCGGUGGCUACGGUGGCGGCGGUGGCUACGGCGGUCCCUAUGGCGGUGGCGGCUACGGCGGCGGCGGCGGUUAUGGCGGUGGUGGCGGCUAUGGCGGCUACGAUCGAGGCUAUGACCGAGGCUACGACCGCGGCUACGGCGGCGGUGGCUACGAUGGCUAUGGCGGCGGCGGCGGUUAUGGCGGCAGGGGUGGUUUCCGUGGUGGCGAGCACAGCGCCUACGGCAGGAGGGACUCCCCCUACGGUAUGCCCCCUCGCGGCUCCUACGGCGGCAGAGACUCGGGCUACGGCGGCGGCUACGACUCCUACGGCGCGCCGGGCGGCUACGGCCAAGGCUCGGACGAUCGCUACUCGUCGUCCUACGGCAACUACCCACCAAGCGGUGGCGGCAGCGGCGGCAGCGGUGCGGGCAGCUACGGCGGCUCCUACGGGGGAAGCAGCAGUGGCGGCGGCAGCAGCAGCUCGGGAGGCGGAAGUGGUGGAGGGAGCAGCAGCGGCAGCAGCGGCAGCAGCUCGGGUUACGCAAGCUACAGCGGAGGCGACUACUCCAGUAGCUACAGUGAGCGCAAGUGA